UCCAAGACAAUGUCUGGAGAACUCCCUCCAAACAUCAACAUCCGAGAGCCUCGAUGGGAUCAAAGCACUUUCGUCGGGCGAGCCAAUCAUUUCUUCACUGUGACUGAUCCCAGGAAUAUCCUGUUAACCAACGAACAACUAGAGAAUGCAAGGAAAAUCGUGCACGACUACAGACAAGGAGUUGUUCCUCCUGGUCUUACAGAGAAUGAAUUAUGGAGAGCGAAGUACAUCUACGACUCAGCCUUUCAUCCCGACACUGGUGAAAAGAUGAUUCUGAUAGGAAGAAUGUCCGCUCAGGUUCCCAUGAACAUGACCAUCACAGGUUGUAUGAUGACAUUUUACAGGACCACGCCGGCGGUGCUUUUCUGGCAGUGGGUUAACCAGUCUUUCAACGCCGUGGUCAAUUACACCAACAGAAGUGGCGACGCUCCCCUCACCGUCAAUGAACUGGGAACAGCUUAUGUGUCAGCAACAACUGGUGCUGUGGUGACAGCUCUGGGACUCAAUGCGCUAACGAAGCACGUCUCACCACUCAUUGGCCGCUUUGUCCCCUUUGCUGCCGUAGCUGCUGCUAACUGCAUUAACAUCCCGUUAAUGAGGCAAAGGGAACUCAAAGUUGGCAUUCCGGUCACAGACGAGAAUGGGAACCGCUUGGGCGAGUCGGCACAGGCCGCAAGACAAGCCAUCACGCAGGUGGUCGUCUCCAGGAUCCUCAUGGCAGCCCCCGGCAUGGCCAUCCCUCCAUUUAUCAUGAACACGUUGGAAAAGAAAGCCUUUCUAAAGAGGUUCCCGUGGAUGAGCGCGCCUAUCCAGGUUGGAUUGGUUGGCUUCUGUUUGGUAUUUGCUACGCCUCUGUGUUGCGCCCUUUUUCCUCAGAAAAGUUCCAUGCCUGUGACAAGCUUGGAGGCUGAGUUGCAAGCCAAGAUCCGAGAGACCCACCCUGAAUUACGACGCGUGUACUUCAACAAGGGAUUGUAAAGUAGGGAAAGAGACCUCUACCCGCCAGCCUCAAACCCCGUGUAGCCUUGGUGAGGAAACUCCUGUUCUGCGUGGGUUCUCCCAGUCACGGAAACCUCUUAACGAUCCACAUUAGCCUUCUAGUCAGGCUGCUACGUCCAGAGCAGGUGCCCGACACCUGCUGGCUCCCUCACAUUGGAAUCAUGGUAUAAUUGACAGAAAUAGCCUUCCUGUGCUUUUAUAGUGAUUGUUUUUUCAAAGACAAUAUCCCAGCCCUCACCUAGAGUUUUAAAAAGCACUGCUAGGCCUAGAGUAGAUGUUCAGAACAUGCUCGAUAAAUAUUGAUGAUCAGUCAGUGAAAAGGAAAUCCGGUUAAAAUAUUGAAUUUUUAUCCCACUGUUAUUUCAAAUCAAGGAGCUCUCAGUAGUGAUUUGGGAAAACAAAAGCUCUAAGGCUAAACUAUAAAAAAAUGACUCAUAAAUAUUAAAGGUACUUUGCUUCCAGUUUGGGCAGUGGGCGACCCAAAGUAGAUGAUGAAUUUGGGGGAUCUGUAGUGGAUAAAAACUCCUUCAUAUACCUCCCGGAAGUCACAGUAACAGACGAGCGUGACGAGACAUCCCUGCUCUCAGCAACUCUGCCCUCGUGUUGCUGGUGGAUUUCUUUGGUUGACUUUUAAAUUUAUUCUGAUUCGCAUUCUUAGGAAGAUGUUAUACUUACUGACUUCACAUUCCAUUCUUGACAUCAAAUCAUCAAAUAAUUGAAAUGCACAAGUGUCAAGUUUUAGAAGUAUAUUCAAUACCGGUGCUGCACGAUUGGGUUGAAUCUGGUUCAUUUGGAUUUUUUUUUUUAGAAGGGAGGGCAUAGUUUCAACUACCUACACGUCUUUUCUCGACAUCCUUAUAGAUCUCUUUGGCUUUCGGAAAGAUACGGAAAGAACGUGUCUGUGAAUCAGUGACUAAAUGAAUUUUACUUGAAUGCUGUAUAUUCCAUUCCACCCUGUUUGACAAUUAGGAAACCAUGGACCACUGUUUACAUCAUCUGUAGUAGUUUCACAUUUAAUACAUUUAAUGUAACAGAUUAUGUUUCAAGUCUGUAGAUGUUCGAAGGCCUGUGCAAGGCGGUUGGGUGUAGACCACUCAGUUCCCUUGUAAUUUAGAGACUUGUAUGUGAAAAAAAAUUGUAGAAACAAGUUGUGGCAGAUGUUUUCCUGACAAUGUGACCAGACUGAAUUUCCUCAUAAAGACACAAUGGUGUGGCGUGUGUGUUUCUCUUUUCUCUGGAAGCACUGAUGGGGCUGAAGCUUUGGGCCACUCCGAGCCUUCCUUUAUGCCACCAAAACUUUCCCGCUUAGAUUUUUCUGUCUUAAACCAUCUGAAGCAAAAUAACUUCCCCAUGACGCAUUCUGGCCUCGGAUGUGUUUUGUUGCCAUAGACACUUCUCUUUAAAAAGUGAUAAGAGCCUGAAAUUCGAGACAGAUCUCCAAGGGGUGUUUGAAAGGUGCUUUUAACAAGGAAACCAGAGCACUUGGGGCUCACCCCACCCCCAAGAAUCUCAGAAUUCUCACCCCGGUUCCUUGGUAGCCCCAUUUCAGAAUCUUCACCUUCGCCGAAAAAUUAAUGACUGGGUUGGAAGACUGACGAACUAACAAAUUUUUAGACACCAGGAAGCUAUGACCAAAGCAUCGUAUAAAAGGGGCAGUGAACAUGGAGAUGUGUCUUUUGAAACAUUAUUUGUGGAAGCUUCCAACUCUUGAUGCUUUUAUGUAGAAAUUUUCACUGUAUGAUUUAAUCAUGGCUGAUAAAAAGGAACAAAUGAACCAAUCUUUGCUGAUCUCUUAGAAAUACCUUUUCUAGAGAAAAGUUCACAUGAAGUGCAAUAAGCUUGUAAAAGUACAUCGUUAUUCAUAGUUCUACUGACUGAUGUAAUGAAUUGUGACCGCGUAUUUACUAACUGGCAGUUUUGUUUUCAGUAUUAGCUCCAUCUUGCCAGCGUUGGAAUCAAUGUACUAUUUCAGUUCACCUGGAUGAAAUGUUAAAUAAACUCAGAAUGAAAAUGAA